AUGAAAGGGCUUGAAGGCCGACGCAUCCUGGUCGCCGGAGGAGCCACAGGCAUCGGCAGAGCCAUCGCGAUACGGUUGGCGGAAGAAGGAUCGCACGUCGUGGUCGGGGACUUCAACCAACCCGGGGUGGAACAGACAGUGCAAGAUAUCCAAGCCAAAAUGAGUGCCGUCAAGAUCAAAGCCGUGUUUUUCGACUAUUCCAAGCCCGACACGAUCCGAAAUCUAGUCAAGGAGGCGGUCGACUUUCUCGGAGGCCUGGACGGACUCGUGAACGUCGGGGUGCUGGGCGGAAAGGCCCUGACCAUGGACGUAGACAUCCCCGACCUGGACCCGGAGUCCUGGCAAUACAUCAUCAACGGCGACCUGAUCGGAUACGCGGUGGCCGUGCAAGCAGCACUGCCUUACCUCAAGCAGUCCGGGAAGGGUUCCAUCGUCAACACCACGUCCGGGUCGAUCUUUGGUGGGAUGCCCUUUAUGCCCGCGUACCAGGCGGCGAAGGCCGGCGUGCUGGCGCUGACCAAGUAUGUGGCGCAGUUCCACGCCGCGGAGGGGUUGCGCUCGAACUGCGUGAGCCCUGGUCCCAUCUUGAGCGACGCCGUCAAGGAGAAGACGCCACAAUCUCACAUUGACGGCGUGGUGCCCACGGUGCCGUUGCGACGAUGGGGCCAACCGGACGAGAUUGCUUCGUUGUAUGCUUACCUUUUGUCCGACGAUGCUUCCUACAUCAAUGGACAAACGUGGAGCUGCUGUGGGGGUAAAUAUUUACGAGAUUAA